AACGAGGGAACAAAGAACACAUCCGUUAUCUCUUUUAUAUACUUCCCUGCUCGCGUCUCCCUCCAUUCCCUUUCUUCUUCCAACCCAUCUGCCCAUCUUCGGAACAAUGCAGAAUGAUACACAGCAGCAGUCACUGGAGCCGCCCAGACGCUCUUUUAAGCGUCUGACCCCAGAUGGCUAUAGACUCCUCACCGAUUUUCGCGAUAAUGUUACACUAUAUCCGACGGUGACACAGCGUCUCGACCUGUUAGCCAAAAUACAAGCACUUCCAGAUUGCGAUUGGUACGACAAGACCAAGAUCUCCUCAUGGUUCCAGCACCAGCAGACAAGAUACAAGGUGAAAGAGUCAAAAGGUGUAUCCGCGAGCCAGGCGCAGCUUUCUGCUUCACUUAUCCAGGUUCGAAAUACACUCUUUCCGUCCUUCCGAAACGUUGACUAUCUCCGCCUUGAGCAGUUACUCGCUGAGGACCCGAAUCCUUCAGAAACUACAUUGAGAGUAUGGUCGCUCGCCCUGUCGGUGGAUCUUUCUCAGCUUGCAAGAUGGGUCAUAUGGCAAAAAGAACGAGAACAGAAAAAGAACAGUUCGACAUCUACUGCGUCGACGACUUCUCAAACGCCACAACAGUCACGCCCUGAACCAGGGCCUUUCAGUAUAUCGGUACCGCGGACGCAAGCGUCGCCCAUUCAGACUACUACGAAUCCACGCGCACCAUCUCAUCUCCCCACACCUGAAUCAUCUACUUCACCGGAGCCUAGAGUUCGUCAAAUACCUGAGUCCGUAAGACGAAUCAGGGAGCUCGCAGAAACGAUAAAGGGCAGUUUGACUUCAGGAAAUGAUGAUACUCCCAAUGAGAAGGCCCCAGAGACAAUGGAGGAAUUCAAUAGAUUAUUCAAAACUCAUGAAGACAGUAUGAGCACUUUCAUGAAGAGAGUGAAAAGUGGAGAUUUUCAGCAGAUAGGCGUGGGCGCCUCAUUUGCUUCACCUUCUGCCUAGAAGUUUAUGUAGUGCAAUAUUGAUCUAUGUCAAGCUACUACCAUGCUAUCGCUACAUACCCUCGCUUUGCUAACUUAAUUGUAUCGUUAUGCAUUUCAGAAUGAUCGCCAUCGUACCCCCACCCUAAUCAUCGUAGUGCUGGGUCGGUCGAUCCAAUAUAUAGUUGUGUACACCUCGCUUGUGAAUAUGAAAGCUCGUAAUUCAUGCGCCUCAUUUCUU